UUUCUCCCGCGAGCUGCUCCUUCGACAGCAGAGCUGCGGCCGCCGCCGCGUUGCUUCGCGUCGCUACUUGCUCGUGCUAGCAGAGGUGAAAGGGAGAGGGAGAGAGAGCUGGAGGAGAUCGUCAGGCACACAAGGAUCUUCCAUCGAAGAGAUCGCCGCCACAGCAGCCUGGUGAGCGCGUGCUCCAGGGUCCAGGCUACUCUGCAACUCUGGCUCGGGUUGCAGAUGCCACCAUUGCUCCUGCUGCUCUCCAUCGGCAGCCGUGGCCGCAUUGCUUCUAUCACCUUCUUCGCGCGCCUUACUGCGUUGCCUCCGCCCAGGAGUCGCCCAACCCAGCCGUGUUGUGUUGCCCUUUGCCGGCGCGCACGCGACACGCCGCCUUUGAAGUCUUUCUUCCUCGCCAAGGGGAUCCGUCGAAUAUACAGAGGCCAAGGUCAACCUUAAAAUGGAGGAUGUGAAUGGAGUAGUAGAUUGGAACGUUGACAUUAUUGGCCCAGAUGGUGGUGGCCCGUCCAGCAAAUUGGCCAAAAUUGAAGACCCUGAUGCCACAGAGUGCUCAAGUUCCUUUGGGGAUACAUUGUCUGGAUCAGAGGAUGAUGCAAGGCCUUCAGAGAUUAGUGACAUUGAAGUGGACUCACCAUUCUGCCGCUAUCAUCCUAAUGGUGAUGCUGCUGCACUCUUGGAUACUGCUGCUGCUGACAAUUUGGAUAGAUCACUGAAGAAGAAAAAGGUAACUGAUCAUUGGAGAACGUAUAUCAGCCCAUUAAUGUGGAGAUGCCAAUGGUUAGAACUGCGGAUGAAGGAGUUGCACUCUCAAGUAUCCAGAUAUGACAGGGAGCUUGCAGUUCUUAAACAUGAGAAAGAGUUGCAAACAAAAAUGAUCGAGUUGGACUGUUCGUCAUCGAGAUCAGUGCCCUUCUCUUCUCUUUGUUGCAGGAAGACUAUGAAGAGGAGGAGGAGAAAGAGAACUGAGGAGAAAAUGAAUGCGUCCUCAUACAUCGCGACCCACACCAUAUUGUCUUAUUAUGAGAAAGAGAAAGCGGAAGCGGAUGGCCAUUCUAUUGACGACAAUGGAAUCUUAGCGGAUGACAGCACAAAAGGUAACAAUGAUGCUGACUGGCUACUGGGUAAUGGAAGUGAUGCUACUGUUGAGCAGAUUCUUGCAAGCAUUCAGUCUGUUCAAGACAGAGUCCUUAGUCUGAGAUCAUACCUCAAGACAGAAAUCGACAAGAAGAGUAACGGAAUAGAUCUUAAAGUCAACACACGGGUCAAUGUUGCACAGAGCUCUAAUUGCGCACAUGGAAAAGGAAAAGUUGCUGAAAUGCUUGAAAUCUCACCCCAGGACGCAUCAGAUUGUGAUAUGGAUGAUACUGACAUGCCAGACAGUGCUGUCUCAAGCUUUGGAGAAGCUAACAAUAUGGAUAUUUUUGAGAGCACCAUGAACCUAUUAUCAGCUGAAGAUCCACAUAAAAUGGGUGAAUUACAACAGAGUUCGGAAGAUGUAUUGAUCGACAAUCAACCAGCUGAGGAAGGGUAUCAAAACUUUGAGGUAAUCAGUCAUCCGUGCAAGCGUCUGCGGGUGUCAGUCAAGAGUGAAGCAGGGGUAGUCAAGAGAGAAACCGGGGCACAUUCUGAGGAUGAGAGCAUCGCUGCCCCCACAGUAGCAAUUGUGAAAAAAGAAGAACCACCGGAAGAUGGCACAACCAGGUUUGGUCUCCAGGGGAUUUUGAAGCCCUGCUACACGGGCAAGCGGAAAGGAAGGAAACCAAAAAUCCUAAGGCGUGGAGGUUCAUCCUCGUCUGCUCUCAGCUCUUGGAGGAGUGCUCGGACUCGAAAAAAGAGGAAAUUGUAGGUGUAGACUAUCUCUGGGAACACAUCUUACCCUCUGGCUUCGGAUCUUAGUUUUAAUUAGAUGAUGAUGACGGCAACCAUGGUUUUCCUCCCUUUAUUUCUUUCUUUCGUUGUACCUGAUGAUGACAUUUUUCAUGAUGCCAGAAGAGAAAGAUGGAAAACGGCACUAUGGCUUUCUGCCCUGAAGUGCUUGUAACUUAGUAAGGCAUAUUUCUAUUUCCAUUGUCGUUGCAUGCGGUCUUGACCUGAAACAGUCGAACUGGGUUGCUACAGUGUAACUUAUUAUAAUUACUGAUAUGUUGCUCUGUUGCUACUUUUGUUUAA